ACUCUAUUGUAAUAAUCAAUCAUACUUUCAAAGCUUGUCUAAUGUGACCGUUCAAGUAUAGCAUUUACGUUCGACUCCCACCAUUGGUAUCGAUAUCAAAGCACUUCAUUUCGUAAGUAAUAUAAGASUCGAAGCUACAACAAAGAAGUUAAAAAUGACAUUGGGUAGCUUGUUCAUCAUCCUAACGGUUGCUUCAUGUGUCAUACUGCGAUCUUCUGCAGAGGAAAGUGUCAACGCUACUUUGGGAGACAUCGAAGAUAAAGUUGAUAUGAUAGAAACUCGAGUUAUCAAGGGUCAAAACGCAAACCUUCACGAGUGGCCUUGGCAGGUGUCUCUGGAAUAUAACGGACACCAUAUAUGCGGUGGAUCGCUUGUUAAGCGUGACUGGGUCCUCACUGCUGCUCACUGCUUCAACCGGUUUCGUUAUGUUCCAUCUUGGCGCGUUGUUGUUGGUCGACAUACAAUUAAAGGAGUGACACAAUUUGAAAGGCGUUAUCAAGUCAGGAGAAUAAUUACCCAUGCUUACUACCACAAAACACGCUUUAUCAACGACGUCGCACUGAUGCAGCUACAAGCUUCAGUUGUACUUUCAAAACAAGUUAAUGUUAUUACAUUACCUACACACAACAACAGGGUAGCGGCUGGUUCUGUCUGCUACAUCACAGGCUGGGGGCUAACACAUGGUCUUAUCAAAGAAUCUGCUGCGCAUGUUCUCCAAGAGGCACCACUGACYAUUGCAGCUUUUUGGCAUUGCUCAGCUGUAAAUAAUCAAUUGAAUAUCGAAAUUGACGAGAAGACGAUGGUCUGCGCAGGGGGAGGGGGCAAGGGAGGGUGUAGAGGUGACAGUGGUGGACCGCUGGCCUGUAACGAACGUGGACAUUGGAUUCUUCGUGGUGUUGUUAGUUGGGGGCACGCUAAGUGUUCUGCAGAAGAGUUUUAUACUGUCUUUGCACGAGUCAGUAGCUUUGUUGACUGGAUUAAAAAGAUAACACAGCAGUAUGCAGCAAAAGAUGGUGGAUGUGGUGGAAGAAGUGGCAUAGUUUGCCUUAAUGGUGGGACGCAGUUCUGCUACAACAAAUUUCCUACUUGCCGCUGUCGCCUUGGCUUUUCGGGAAAAAAUUGUCAAACCGGUCCCACUAACACUGUAAACCGACCAUCGCAUGCCAAUGUUUCUCUCCAAUGUUACGCAUGUUCAUCGAGCAUGAAAAAUUGUCAA